UCAUCCAUUGUCAGCCCAUGCUCGCGCAAGAUCGUGCUUGUACCCUUGAUCGCGAACUCACUAACACAUUUAUUUCGCUAUCAAGAAAAAACCACCGCCGCCUCUCAAACCCAGGCACCAGCUCAACCCGCCCAAUCCGAGAAGCCCAAGCCCUGUUGCGUGUGCAAGACCGAAAAGACCGCCCGCGACGACUGCAUGCUCUUUUCCAAGACCGACGAUCCCACCCAGGAAUGCAAGCCGAUGAUCGAGCAGUACAAGACCUGCAUGGCUGGGUUUGGAUUCAAGGUCUGA